AGCCGCAACUGGCGCAACACGCGGCCAUUGCCGCUACGAGAACCUUGGUCUUGCGUGACGCUGUGGUGGCUUUCGUCCUCGAGUCUCUCGGUAGCACCGUGGUCACGGUCCGGGAGGCCGCUCUGAGCACCCUUCUCAACAUUGCAGACGUCGUCUUCCCAAAGGCCGCUGCUACCGGGUCCCUUUCCUCGGACGAGGAGCAGUGGAGCGAAAGCUUCGCCGGGGACACUUCUGCCGUCGGCGUAGCGGGAGGGGACGGUGGAUCGCAGUUGUUCCCAGGGCGACCACCAAAAGUCGAGGACGAGGAUCAUGAGGACCCGAGCAACAAGCGCGCAUCGGAGCUGUUGCACCGCACACUCCUCGGCAUCGAGCACACAUACUUCCCGACGGCAAUCGUCGACGCGAAUCUUUCCACCGCGCUCCGGCUCGCCUUCCGCGCCUUCGGCCGUCUCACAAGGAAGCAAAUCCGCAACAGCCAGGAGGCGUUGCGCGUAGCGCCGAAGCUGUUUGCUCUGCUGAACGCCAAUCCGGACGCGAGCGAGGAGAUACUCGAAGCGCUGAACGGAGUGCUGCUCUGGUUUGCGGAGUCCACGUAUCAAAAGGAAAAAUCCCCCCUCCCCAUAUCGAAACGAAGUUUCUGAUGCUGGAUUUCCGUACACAAAUCAGAUUUGUCUUGCAGUAGAGGACUGCAAGCAUAUGCCCAGCCUCAGUCGAGAGGUUUUGACGUAGGCGCCUAGCAUGGCAAACGUGUAUGCUCUAAGCCCAACAACAUCACAAACCGCCUGCAAAAUGCGGAACGAUUUCUGGACUUGCCUUCAUUCUUGCAAGACAGACAGGAUUUGAGGUCACAAAUGCGCAUCACAAAUUUUCAGACGGAUCCGCUUUCGUUAUGGGGAGGGGGGAUUUUUCCUUACGAUACCACGUCCAUAAAGACGCGCGCGAAGGCGGAAGAUCCACCGGAGCCGGUAGGACGCGGCGCCGAACAUCAACUAGAGGGGGCCGCCCCCGCCUCCUCGGCCGCCCGGAGCGGGCACGACAGGAUGGG